GCGGAGGGGCGCUGCGUAGAAGGAAGCAGCAGGCGGAUUGGGCCCGGGCAGGCCGGCAUUUCUAUCGCGCCUCAUCCCUGUGGCAGCAGGGAAAAAACAGCUGAAAGGCCUCGAUCUGCCUUCGCCGGAGCGUCCCUGCGGUGGCCGCUGAGCUUUUGUUUCCUUUUGCGCAGCGCCCGAGCGCCCCUACCGAGCUUUGUCUUCUCCCGGUCCCUGUGGGGAAGGCGCGGCCAAGAUGGAUCCUUGUCAUACCGAAGAGACCGAGGGCGAGAUCCCCGGCCUGGGCUUCAGUGACCGAAGCGAGCAGAUUGUUUCACGUGGGGUAGCGUCAGCAUUUGAAGCUGCAACUACAGAAACUGAGACGGAGCAGAGCCUCACCCCCAAUGUAAUGCUCAACACGGAGAGCAGUGAGGGAUAUGUGGUGAAAGUCAGGGGCCUGCCUUGGUCUUGCUCCACUGAGGAGGUGCAGAGGUUUUUCUCCGAUUGCAAAAUUCUGAACGGGGCUUUGGGUAUCCGUUUCAUCUACACCAGGGAGGGCAGGCCAAGUGGAGAGGCAUUUGCUGAACUAGAAUCGGAGGAAGAUGUGAAAUUGGCACUGAAAAAGGACAGAGAAACAAUGGGACACAGAUAUGUUGAAGUUUUCAAGUCAAACAACGUUGAAAUGGAUUGGGUUCUGAAGCAUACUGGUCCCAACAGCCCUGAUACGGCUAAUGAUGGUUUUGUACGUCUUAGAGGACUCCCAUUUGGCUGUAGUAAAGAAGAAAUUGUGCAGUUUUUCUCAGGGUUGGAAAUCGUGCCAAAUGGGAUAACAUUGCCGGUGGACUUCCAGGGGAGGAGUACGGGGGAGGCCUUCGUGCAGUUUGCUUCACAGGAAAUAGCUGAAAAGGCUCUAAAGAAACACAAGGAAAGAAUAGGGCACAGGUACAUUGAGAUCUUCAAGAGUAGCCGAGCAGAAGUGCGCACUCACUACGACCCUCCACGCAAGCUGCUGGCCAUGCAGAGGCCUGGUCCUUACGACAGACCUGGUCUUACGCGGGGAUAUAACAGUCUUGGUAGAGGAACUGGCUUGGAGAGGAUGAGGCGUGGAGCCUAUGGAGGAGGUUAUGGAGGUUAUGAUGACUACAAUGGGUAUAAUGAUGGCUAUGGUUUUGGUUCUGAUAGAUUUGGAAGAGGAAUGUCGGACCACAGAUACGGCGACGGGACGUCCACCUUCCAGAGCACCACCGGCCACUGCGUCCACAUGAGAGGUCUGCCUUACAGAGCUACGGAGAAUGACAUCUACAACUUCUUCUCACCUCUGAACCCUGUAAGAGUACACAUUGAAAUUGGACCAGAUGGCAGAGUAACUGGAGAGGCAGAUGUUGAGUUUGCUACUCAUGAGGAUGCAGUGGCUGCAAUGUCCAAAGACAAAGCAAAUAUGCAACACAGAUAUGUAGAACUCUUCCUGAACUCUACAGCAGGAGGAACCGGUGGUGCUUACAGCAGUCCGAUGAUCGGAGCAAUGGUCAAAGAAUCGGAAGGGGUAGUCCAAGAUUGGAACACUAGCACAUUGCCAGCAGAUACCCUUCUAACACCUGACUGGGCUGGUUUCUUAGGAGGAAACCAAACCAAUUAUGGUGGUCCAACUAACCAGCAGCUGAGUGGGGGCUAUGGAGGAGGAUAUGGAGGUCAAAACACCAUGAGUGGCUAUGACCCCGGGAGCCAGGGUGCCAUGAACACCAACUACUACGGCACCGGGAACCGUACGUCCAUGGGAGUGAACGGCAUGGGCGGCAUGUCCAACAUAUCCAACAUGAGUGGUGGCUGGGGAAUGUAACCGAUCGCUGACUUUUGGUCACAUCUUUUUUUAGAAAACAAACAAACAAAACCCAACAAAAAACUAAAGUUUAACAGUUUUGCAAUACGAGCUUGUGAUUUAUGCUUUACUGUAAGUGACAUUUGAGGAUUGUUAUUUUAAAACCUUUGGGAGGGGGGGGAAGGGGUUCAGUAUUUUUGAACAUACAGAAAUGGAACAUUCAUCUAGGAUGUAAUAACCCAGUUGAGUAAAGACUAUAACUGUUAAACGACUCGGAGCGUUUCUCUAGUUUUGUUGUAGGAGUGUAUUUAAGCAGUAAGCGUAUUUAGGUUUAAAGCUGUUUGAAAUUACGUUCAAUGUUGCUCUUCUACCAUAUGACAUCCGACACUGUUUUGGAUCCAUGUUGAAAGAGACAUGCUUUUUUUUUUUUCCCCUUUUUUUUUUGUUUUGUAAAGAAACAAUAUAGGAGCUGUGUCUGAAAUUCAACAAGUGAACAUUUGGCAUGUUAGUUCUAGUUUCUUUCUUUUAAUAUCCUGUAAGGCACGUUAAAGCUUUUUUUUAAGUUAAUGGGGGAAACGUGUUGAGACGCAAUACGGCUACUUUAGGAUUUUGGUCUUGGUGUUCGUAUAAAAUUCUGAGGCCUUGAUUUAAUCUUUCCUUGUAUUGUGAUUUUCCUUUUUAGGUGUAUUGCGCUAAGUGAAACUUGUUAAAUAAAUCUUCCUUUUAAAAACUGGAA